AUGAACCCAUCUGAUAAGCGCCGCGGAGGCGGGCGCAGCAACAGCACCGGGCCCGCCUGGCGAGCCGGACACGCAUCGCAUGCAAGUCGCCAUGGCAGCACAGCAAGCAACGCCGACAAUAUGCCCGUGAUGCCGCCUCGCGCGGCUGUGGUCAAUACGAGCUCGGCGGGCGGAGACGAUUCUCACAACGCAAGCGGCACACUCGCGGAACGAAAACGAAAAGAAAAAGCGCGCGAGAGAGACGGUGUAGCCAGCAACUCAUCCUCCUCUAGCACGGCUAGGGGAUCCAGUCCGCAUACUGUAUCCAGUAGCAACGCCAGCAGCAAUAGUAAUAACGGCGGCGGCGGCGGCGGCGGCGGCAGCCCGGUCUCGAAGCAGUAUCGCCGUUCGCAGCAGUCAGACGCAGCCGCAACGGCCCAUCUCCUCCGCGAAAAAGAUGAACGCAUCGCAUACCUAGAAGGCGAAAUGGCCAUUAUGGAGCGCGAGUUCCACCAGGAGCUCGACAAGUUGAGCCAGACGGAGAGCGAGACGGCCACCUUUUGGCAGGGCAAGCACAGCGCGCUGAACCAGCAGUACUUACGCACCGACACGGAGCUCAGGCUGCUCCGGGCCGAGGUCGAUGUGCGCGAGGCCGAAAGGGAGGAGCUGCGACAGGGCGUUGAGGUUCUCCGGCGCGAGCUGCAGGAGAGAGACGACGAGAUCCGGAGGCUGAGGGGUCAGGUCAGGGGCUUGAAGGACUUUGUGAGCACAAGCACCAGGACGGACGAUCAGACGAGCGACGAGGUGUUUGGGGAUGGCAUGACCAAGCUGGGCAACGGGCUGCAGAACUGGGUCAUUACAAACUUCCGAAAAGCAAAGCUGGACUUGAUCAAGGCCAGCGACGCCACGCUCACAGAACUCAGCCAGCUUGUGCCCAUGUACGAAGACCUCAUACACACAUCAAAGGUCCACCUCUUGCAGUCCAUCGUCUCGAGCAUCCUCGUCGAGAUGGUCUUCAACGCUUACUACGUUGGCCUAUCAGAACAAGAUACGCAGCACAUUCAGCAGAUGGAGCAGCUGCUCUCCUCAUUAUGCGCCUCGACCGAUGUCGUAAACCAAUGGCGCUCAUCCACCCUUGCGCUCCUCCGCCGCGAGGCACACCACCUUCACGAUAACACAGACGCGUUUGCCGAGGCCGUCAUAUCUCGCAUCACUCAGCUGCUCGACAGCAUCAUUACGACUUCCCCAUCAUCAUCAUCGUCAUCAUCAUCAGCCCCCGCAGCAAACUCAGCUACGGCCCGAGACUCGGCCCUCCGCGUGCUCAUCAAAAACUCCAUCGAACUCGCGCGCCUGCUCGUAGUGCAAAAGGCCCGACUGCGGGUGUACAUGCCCAGCAUCCUGCCUCACCAGCAGGUGCUGUUCGAGCCGGACACCAUGGAGGACAUGGGCGGAGAGGAGGACGAGGAGAACCUGGCCAACCGGGAGAUUAGCUGCGUCGUCUUCCCCGGCGUCAUCAAGCACGGGGACGAAAACGGCGGGCACAUGCAGUUCCGCAACGUCAUUGUCAAGGCGAGGGUUUUGUGUAGCCCGGAAGAAUAG